AUGGUGGAGCAGGACUCUCGCAGCAGUUUGCGACACAUCCUGGCCGACGAGCCAGCUGGACCGCUAUCACGACCAGCACCACCAGCGACACCAGCACCGGCAUCAGCAAUACGAGCCACAUCAAGCGCAGCUACAGGCGACCGCGACCCAUCACCCGCACCCAAGGCCGACAAGGACGAGGAGAACGAAGCAGAGACGCCGCUAUAUACAUCGACGACGCAGACGACGCGGCGCAAUGCAAAUGGCAGCGUGUCAUCGGUCUAUUCAGGAAACAAGAUCCGCCAUCUGAAGAAGGAGGACGGUGUACCGCUAUGGCGCAAGGACAUCCAGUACGACUUUCUCGACAUCGUCUUCAAGGAUGAUCACCGCGUCUUUACUCGCUACUCGGACAACGAGAAGGGCCACACGUUCGCCGAGAUCUACGUCGAUGCCAUGGCAAAGAGCAGUAAAUGCAGCAAGAUCCUCAAGGAAAAGCUCAAGGAAGACUUCGAAUCGGCCAUCACCAUGGCUAUGGUUUGCCUGCUCGUCAACGUCGGCCGCAUGAACACAACCUUGAACUUCUUCCCUGAGAUGCGCGCCCAAUUGCGUACCUACCACUCCAUUCCAGCCUUACAAGCACACCAAGACCCGAACGCCUACAAGCAACUACAAGACGCGCCACGCUUGAAGUCCAUCCUCAAGGGCGCCACUGAGGACACGCCACAGCCAGGUACAAUUGAAGACAUUCGACAAGCUUCCAUACCGCGAACCAACCCUGUCAACCUGAUCUUCGUCCUGUCGCAGUAUGCUCCCAAGAUAUCAGAACUGCACUUUAACCAUCCUCGCGACUUCUUCGACCUCGUAAUGCGACCUAGCUUGAGUAGCAGAAGCAGAGCAACCGCCUUUCUCUGGCUUAUGUGGUGGUACCUCGAAAGCGAUUUCUCCAAUGAAUCUGCUCUCAGCAAUCCCUUUGGGGCAGGCUGUGAGCCAGAAGGUGGCGGUCUGCCGAUCAAGGUUCCGCCGCUUGAGAGCUUGACCGAGGAGCAGGCUGCUCUAGAGAACGUUGACAGUCAAGAAGAGAAGGAUUACGGAGAACAGAAGCGCAAGGAACGUAUUGCAAUCGUGGCAAGCGAGCCGAGCCCUGCUAUGACGGCACUGAAACGCGCCAGGAAAGAACGCAGUCUGUUUGCGGCUGGUCUUGGUGAUGCCAAUUCGGAUGCUGGGACCAAGACCCCCAGCCGCGACUUUGAUUCACCUGCACCUCAUGGUUCGAUACCCUCUCGACCGGCUUCUGUAUCAACAACUGACCAUCACCCAGACUCGUUGCGUAGGACAUACGCUGGCAGCGACUACACACGUUCUCCUACACCUCCCACAAGCUCUUUCCAGGCUGUCAAUACUGUCUCAAAACCAGCUGCAGCCAAAUCAUUCUUGACCGACAUGGAUGAAAAGGAACAUGACAACCGACACUUGGCUUCACCUUCCAUGGGCACGCCACAAGCUACAGCACUGCCCAAAAAAGGCGCUGGACGAGGUAACCGGAACACCAACAUACAUCAUCCUUUUCUGCUUCCCAAUCCUGUUCACACAUCCCCUUCUGCCCCCCAAACCGUGCCGGAUGGCGUAUACCUGCAACCCCAACGAGCCCACGUCCCGACACCUUCGUACCAAUCCCAGACACGGAACCGUCCGCUGACAUCACACCAAAAAGCAGUCAGCGAUUACCGCCGUGUGCGAAUCAAUCAGAUCCUUGAUACCGGUAUAAGGCGACGUCACAUAGCAGCCAAGCGUCAACGUCAAGAAGAGGGCAUACUACUACGGGCUUGGAAACGUAUUCGCAUGUUGCCUUCCGGCUGGGACAGUGAGGACGAAGGUACUGCCGACAAAGGUAAAGAAGACGCCAAAGACAAGGACAAAGAUGAUGGUGGCACUGGUAAAGGAAGAUCAAGAGAGGAUGAGAAGGCUGCAGCUGCACUUCGCCGUGCUGCUGCUGGUGUCCGCAUACUUGGAGGCUUUGCCCUACCACUCACGGACAAGGAACUUGAACAAGAGAAGCAACGACCGUUGAACAGCAUUGCCAAUAUUGCAAGAGAUGACGUUGGUGAAGAGGCACUGUAUUUCUCUCGAGCCUUUUCACUUGGCAUGGUCUCACUCGAUCGCGAAGAGAACGCAGACCUCGAGGGUAGUCUGUUACUUGCGUCACCACCACUCAAGCCUGUUGACGACAUGGAAGACGAACGAGAAUUGCAAGCCAUGGAUGAACUAGCUGCUACGAUCGUCAAACCUAGACAAGGCAGGAAGAGUCGUGGUGGAGGUGGCGGAGCAAGUAGAAAAUCCAAGGGCGGUGCGAGUAAGCUGGCGGAAGAGGCAAAGGACGGAACACCAGACGCCUCAAGACUCUCCACCGCACGAGCCGAUGAAGCAGAAGAUGAGGAUAUGCAUGACGAGGGCAAUGUCACCGUUGGCCCAAGUGCAGAACUGGACGACGACGAAAGGGAACUGCUCGGCGAGGCGGACACGGAAGACGAAGAGGAAGACGAGGAUAACAUGGACGAGGACUGA